GUGCUGGGCUCAGCAACAAAUGACCUUCAAACCUCGGCAUAGGUAACGGGAAGAAGCAUGUCGGAUAAUCGGUGGUUAGGUCUAAAAAGGGUUGGUCAGAGUUACCAUGUACGAUGGAUGACGACGAGCAAGAGGGUCCAAGACAGGAGCAAGAAGAAGCGUGUUCACGACCUGGAAGUGGCCACCGAGAAAUGGAAGAUAUCCUCCAAAAUCAUCUUCCUAAUGGAGCUUCUCAAGCAAGAGCCCGAAAUGGUGAUUCCCGUUCGCUCCCUCGAGCAACACCGCAGACAAAUCAACCUCCCCAAGCCACACCCAAUCUCCGAUUUCCUCCGCAAAACGCCCAACCUCUUCGAGCUCCACAAGGACCACAAGGGAGUGCUGUGGUGCGGCAUGACCCACAAAGCCGAGAACUUGAUGGAAGAACAACAAAGGGUCAUCGAGGAUCACGCCGACAAAGCCGCGGAACACGUGACGAGGUUUCUCAUGAUGUCGGUCGAGAAAAAGCUCCCCUUGGAAAAGAUCGCUCAUUUCAGAAGAGAUUUUGGGCUGCCUUUGGAUUUCAGGGCCCGUUGGGUGCACGGGUAUCCUCAUCUUUUUAGGGUUGUGAAGUCUUUUGAUGGGGUUGAGUUUUUGGAGCUUGUGUCUUGGAACCCUGAAUGGGCAAUCACUGAGUUGGAGAAAAAGGUGGUGAGAGGGGUAACUGAAGAAACUGAAAAAACAGCCAAUGAUAAUAUUAACUCCCCAGGGGUGCUUUCACUUCCAUUUCCUUUGAAAUUCCCUGCGAAUUACAAGAGGGUGUAUCGGUACUAUAGAGAAAAGAUUCAGAAUUUUCAGGAGAUGCCUUAUUUGUCUCCCUAUGCUGAUGCGCGUGGUCUAAAGGCUGGAUCUUUGGAAUUUGAUAAGAGGGCUGUUGCUGUUAUGCAUGAACUGCUUAGUUUUACUGUUGAGAAGAGGUUGGUCACUGAUCAUCUCACUCACUUUCGUUGGGAGCUUGUGAUGCCUCAGAAGCUCAUGAGGCUUCUGCUUAAGCAUUGUGGCAUCUUCUAUGUGUCGGAGAGGGGGAAGAGGUUUAGUGUGUUUUUAACUGAGGCUUAUGAGGGGUCUGAGCUCAUUGAGAAAUGCCCCUUGGUGCUGUGGAAGGAGAAGCUUCUGGGUCUUGUGGGGUAUAGAGGGAGGAAGAAGAAGUUUGAGACAUGCAGUGAUGGGUCUGAUGAGGAGGGUCAUGCUGGUUUGGUUUUGGAUCAGGGUGAUUCUGAUGUGGAGGACUUGCAUGUGCAGUUUGAGCCGCGGGGUACCUUGGAUUAUGAGGAUCCUUUACUUGGGGAUGAUUCUGAGAUGGAUGUGGGAGAGAUUAACUGAAACAUUAGAAUUUUGAAACUUCUUGUGGUUGGAAUUGUGUUCCUGUUUUCCCAUAGAUAUUUAAUUGUUUCAAUUAAACUUAGAAGCCCUCGGGAACAUGCCAAUGGUAUACCUUCAUGUAAAUCAAUUUUUGAGGACUGUUUUCUACUUUCAUCGGUUAGUAAAUCUCCAUUGGCCUGUAUGGUGCUGAUGUUUCGAAAACCUGAGACAUUUUGAAUGUGUAUGGGGCUCAAACUAUUGCUAGGAUUA